AUGGGGCCUGACAAGGGGGAAAGGGCAGCAGAAGCAGGUUUGGAUGAAGGGUGGAGAUCUGUGCACCCACCACACAGCACAGGGAACACUCCGAGCUUCGAGGAGCUGAAUUCCAAGAAGGGUGCCAGUCUCUGCGCCUUUCGCCGAGCUUCCAACAGCACUGCGUUGGGACAGAGCAUUCGGAGGUUCACAACCUCAGUGGUCCGUAGGAGCCACUAUGAGGAGGGUCCAGGGAAGAAUUUACCAUUUUCAGUGGAAAACAAGUGGUGGUUACUAGCUAUGAUGACUUUGUACUUUGGGUCUGGAUUUACUGCACCUUUCUUUAUAGUAAGACACCAACUGCUUAAAAAAUAG